AUGUCCUUGGCAACAGUAUCCAAACAGUUCUACAAAGCAGUAAGCUUGGCACUAUCUAAUAAUUUCUUUACAAAACUGAACAUACGCUCCAUGAUCAACAUUGGAUCAAAGUACUGUCUCUUCAACAAGCCACCUCGACAUAUGGACGCCAGGCACCUUCGUUUCAUCCCCGAGGAACACAAGACCGACUGCAAACAGAACCUUCAAUUAUUGAUUAUACCAUUCAAGGCUCAAGCACCAUUAUCUUCAUCACCAGGUAAAAUUCAGUUGUACCAUGUUGAUGAGCCACAUCUCAUUCACAUCAAGUUUGUUGAACUCGACCAUUAUCUCAACCCUGUGGAUGCCAUCAUGAUGAAUCUAGUUGACUUUGACAAUAUAACACAAGUGUCCCAGUGUCUUUGCCGUCUCUACACCAGUCCAGACAUCAAAACGAUUGAGUUCCACUCCUUUGACGUCUGGCACUCACCUCAGCAUCUCAGCAGAACAAAUUCAAAUUCAGCUGUUCAAGUAUCCACUAUUCUUCGUAGAUCUUAUCUUUCAAAUCUGGAGGGCAAGAGCCAGGAGCAUUGUGAACAGAUGUUGAGCGAUGUGACCCACCUAUCAAUGAAGGGUCGUGAGGAUCAAGCCCGACUUCAGAGACUCUACCGCCAGGCCAAGAACCUGCACACACUACAUCUCUCUUCUUUUUGUCUGAGUAGAUCCUUGGAGCUGCUACCAACUGUUGCAUGCACAAACAUUAACACAUUGCAUACUAGCUUUGGAUAUAGCAUGGACGAAUUGAUCUAUGUAGAUGCAUCUGGCAAACUUCAAGUUCAAAUGGAUCAGUUUGUUGCACAUCUCAAUCAAUCAAUAUUCAACAACAUUACUCAUAUCAUUUCCAACGACCUUAUGUUCCACCUUAAAUAA